UGCAAAACGUUUUCCUGUAAAGCUGUUCUCUUCGGAACGUACCAAUGAAGGUGCUGCAGUUCUACGUGUUUUUUGCGGCUGCUCUUCUGCAGUCGAGUCUGUGUUAUCUGACGGAAGAGGAGAUACUGCGGAGGGUGGAGACAAACGUGAACAGUCAACCUGUGAAGAACACACGCCUGACGCAGAAUCUCAUCCAACGGUACCAGAUUACCCAUCGGCUGCAGUGCUCUCAGCUCUGCUUUCUCACCAAAGGCUGUCAGUCCUACAACUACUACGAAGAGGAAGGAAUUUGCGAGCUGAACGAUCAGACUUAUCUCCAAGGACUUGUCGACUUUUCCUUCCAAACCGGAAAAGACCCGGGAUGGGAGUACCACGACCGCUAUUCAUUUUACAUGAUAAGGGCCUGGUGGCACGAAUGCUCCGCCCACAAUCCGUGCCAGAACGGAGCGGUGUGCACCCGUAAGGUCCUGAAGAGUUCUGGGGUAGAGCGGCCGCCGUGUGCCCCGCUCUGCGUCUGUCCGGUGGGGUACUCCGGCCGACACUGUGAAAUCCAAGACUGCCAGGAAGGAAGUGGAGCGUCCUACAGAGGAAAGGUUCCCGUGACGACCACAGGAAAAGUUUGCCAACGAUGGAACAGCCAGACACCUCAUGGACACUCCAAAACACCCGCCAAUUAUCCGUCAUCCGGACUGGAGCAGAACUACUGCCGGAAUCCGGAUGGGGAGUCCGGAGUGUGGUGCUACACCACGGAUCCCGGCACGAGAUGGGAACUGUGUGACGUGCCUACAUGUUGAGGGGGGUAAUCACAUUGCUUCAGGGCUGAUAACAAAGUUAGACUAAUCUCCAAGCAGAUCCACGGUGGCAUAAUAUAGUAUCCGUUUGACUCCCCUUGGCCAACUACACUCCUUGGCCAGCUUUGAUACUAUAUCAUCGCAACGUAGGAUCUGCUUGGAGAUUAAGUUAGACCGCUUCAUAGGAAAGCAUGUCAGAAUACUGA